AAGAAACUGUCAAUUUUGCCAACUGAACAAAAAUUUACUUCUGCAUCGGCCAUUUUGCAGUUGCUACGGUGAUUGUUGCACGUGUUCUAUCGCUAAGAUGGCAGUUACCAAGAAACCCUUGGCUAAGAAAGCUCAAUUGCACCAGAAAUCUGGUAAAAAGGGUGUCAAAGGUGGCAAAAUCCGCGGCAAGGGCAGCAAGAGGAAGAUCAGCCUCAAGUUUGUAAUUGAUUGCACACAUCCCGCUGAAGACAGCAUUCUUGACGUAGGCAACUUCGAGAAAUACUUGAAGGAACAUGUCAAAGUUGAGGGCAAAACCAAUAACCUAGGCAAUCACGUUGUCAUCGCUAGGGACAAGACGAAGGUCUCCAUCAACGCAGAUAUUCCCUUCUCCAAGAGGUACCUAAAGUACUUGACCAAGCGUUACCUCAAGAAGAACAACCUCCGAGACUGGCUCCGUGUCGUAGCUUCUGAACAUGACGCAUAUGAACUCCGCUACUUCAACAUCAAUGCAGACAGCGACAAUGAAGAUAAUGAAGAUUAAGCUGUCUAAUAAAUAAAUAGUUUUACACUAA